AUGUCUCAGAGUAAUUUGGUGAAUCAAAAUAUCUCGGGGAAGAAGAUUGCGGUCUCUAUGAAGAAGAUGAAGAUAACGGUUCCUCAUUUCGAUAAUUCGGAGCUUAUACAAGGGUACUCCAAGACUUUGAUUGGCAGAUGUAAGAAUCUGCCGAUGCAAGACAUGAAGAUGCUGCUGCACAUGUUGCCACAUAUCUGGAAGAUCGAAGACAGGGUAGCAGGGGCAGAUCUGGGACUCGGAAAGUUUCAGUUCGAUUUUGAUCGUGAAGAGGAUAUUGCAGAGGUUAUGAAGAUGGAGCCUUUCCACUUCGAUUACUGGAUGCUCUCAAUUGUGGUGAUCGACGGUUUGCAGCCCCUCUGUUUUGAAACUAUAGUCGAAUUUCAUGGGGGAGAGGAAACCACAGUUUUCUUGCUGUAUGAGAAACUAUUUGGAUACUGUAGAACCUGCUUCAGUCUUUGUUACGACCAGAAGGUUUGUCCAAACCAAACCGAGCACAUGGAGCAGACGGUGCAUGAAGAUUUCCACAACGAGUCAAGACAAAACUCGGGUGCUGUCACAUACAAAGCAGCGGUGAUGUAUGGUUCACAUGGUGUUAAUGGAAUUCAUGGAAAUCAUGAAGUGGGAAGGAAUGGAAGCUCCACACAAUCUAAUGCAGUCCAGAAUAGAGGAAAAGGGAAAGGGUAUAAUCAUAGGGAAGAGGUGAAACAAGCACACAUGAGUGAAGGUCAUCGGUAUUACAAAGCUAGAAGUGAACAAAGGUUUGGCGAAGGCUCAUCUAGAGAUGAGAGACAAGCAAGUUUUGCAUCUCCAAAGGAGUUACAAGAUCAACUGGUGAUAUCCUCAGAGACUGCAGAGGCUGGUAAGGGGCUAUCGGAGCAUGAGAGGAUAAUGAUUGAGGCUGUCCAUAAUAAAGAUACUGAAGGAAAGAUAAACAAAACUCCACAACGAGGGAAAAAGGUAAGGAAAAACUUGGCUUUUGAAGAUGGUGAAGCAGGUAAUAAGGAGGCUCAGGUCACGGAAGUGGAGACAAAGAAGGUUUUUCUGAAUACGGCUGAAGAUGGGAAGGGUUUGGGAAACAAUGAAGAAUCUGUUCAUGAUUGGGAACAAUUGCUAGCAAAUGAUGAUUCGCUGAUGGAUUUUGAGAUUGAGGGUAGUGUUGCAGGAAAUUUUCAGGAUGCUGUGAUCGAACAGGAUGAUCAGAUGCAGUUGACUUCAGCGGUGGUGAAAGAACUCAUGGACCAGGAAGAAGGCGAGUUUGUCACGACCUUGGAGGAGAAUGAACCCAAGUUUGAUGGUAACGGUAUCGUUGAUACUGGAAUUAAGGAAAAUACGUAG